AUGCCCAGGUCGUUCCUUGUGGAUUCGCUUAUUGUGAGGGACUCGAAUGAAAAAGCAUCCCCUGGGGUGUUUGAGAGUAACACACCUUUACUACCUUACGCCGUGCAUCCGCCUCAUUCUCUGGCUCUCUCUGCGGGAUCAUGCCAUUCUCGGAAAUCAGGGCUGCUGUGUGUGUGUCCCCUGUGUGUGACAGCCUCUCAGCUCCAUCCCGGCCCACCUGGCAUCCCUUUCCUUAAGGCGCAGUUCCCCACCUUCAGCCCACAGUACUGUCACUCAGCCCUGAGCAGGCAUCACAGGACCAGCGGAGUCACUGUGGACCAUGGACCCAACAUCUACUCGGCAUCUUAUCCCAUGACAGACCCGAGGCAGUUUCACUGCCUUUCCCUUGACACAAGCUCCAGCCAGCUACAGAGCAGCAAGAGGAUGCGCACGGCCUUCACCAGCACACAGCUUCUAGAAUUGGAGAGAGAAUUCGCCUCCAACAUGUACCUGUCCCGGCUCCGCAGGAUCGAAAUCGCCACCUACCUGAACCUGUCUGAGAAACAAGUGAAAAUCUGGUUUCAGAAUCGCCGGGUCAAGCACAAAAAAGAAGGGAAAAGCGGCAGCGCGCAACGCGCUCCCGCCAACUGCAAGUGCAGCUCCCUGACAUCGGCCAAUUGCACCGAGGAAGAGGAGGAAAUGCCCAUGUCACCUUCAUCAUCCGGCAAAGACGACAGAGACUUGUCGGUCACUCCUUGA